AUGUCCACCUCCGCCUUCGCUUCCGCCUCCGCCGUGCCCGCGCCCGCGCCCGCGCCCGGGCCGAGGCGGCCGCUGCGCGGGGUGGUCUUCGACAUGGACGGCACCCUCACGGUGCCCGUCAUCGACUUCCCGGCCAUGUACCGCGAGGUCCUCGGCGGGGACGCGGCGUACGCCGCAGCGCGCACCACGGGCGGAGGCGCUGUCGACAUCCUCCACUGCAUCGAGGACUGGGCGCUCGACAAGCAGCGCCACGCGUACGAGCAUAUGGUGUUUGAUCACAUCACUUACAGUUUACACAUAGAAACUAAAUUACUAGAGUUUGUUCACAUCACUAACAUGAAUCAUCAAUUCAGACAAGGGGCUUCGGAGCUAUGCGGCUUCCUGGACGCCAAGCAGAUCAGAAGAGGUUUGAUCACCCGUAAUGUGAAGGACGCAGUCGAUUUGUUUCACCAAAGAUUUGGUAUGACGUUCACUCCUGCACUGAGUAGAGAAUUUCGCCCCUAUAAGCCAGAUCCUGCUCCACUGCUUCACAUAUGCUCCACUUGGAACAUUCCACCACACGAAGUGAUCAUGGUCGGCGACAGUCUCAAGGAUGAUUUUGUUUGUGGAAAGAGGGCAGGAGCUUUUACUUGCUUGCUUGAUGAGACGGGGCGAUAUGGUCCACAUGAUUCAUUACCUGAGCAAGUGAAACCUGACUUCAAGAUGUCCUCUCUAACAGAAGUAUUCACUGUGAUGGAGGAGCAUUUUGAUUUGGCACCAGUGCCUGCUGAGAGUAGAAUAUGA